AUGGCCCAGCUUGAAACCGACCAAACUGUGGACGUGCGCGACAAGGUCGAGGAUGACUCGUUUUCGUCCGACGAUAAGCUAGAAGCUGGACUGAAUACCUCUAGAGGAAACAAUGAUGUCUGGAACUGGGAUGAGGAUCCUAGCAAUCCCUAUAAUUGGCCAUCCCGAUUGAAAGUUCAGCAAGUCCUUAUGAUUGCUUCGGCGGCAUUUACAACGUCUCUCGGUGUAUCGAUCCUUUCCGCAGCUCACUCGGAAUUCAUGAUUGAAUUUGGAGUCAGCAGCACAGUGGCUAUCCUACCCUUGUCCCUCUAUGUAUUUGCCCUGGGUCUCGGCCCUAUCGUCGGAGGGCCGCUGUCCGAGACUAUUGGAAGAUAUCCAGUGUAUCUUGGCACCAUAGUUCUUGGGACUUUAUUUACAAUGGGUGCUGGCUUCAGUCCUACGUUUGCUGGGCUCUGUGUGCUGCGAUUUCUGGCGGGUUUCUGCUACGCUCCCACGUUGGCGAUCGCUGCCGGAACUAUCAACGAAACGUUUAAGCCAGUGAAACGCGCCAUUCCCUCGACCAUCUUUAUCUUGUCUCCUUUUUUGGGCCCUGGAUUAGGGCCCGUGAUUGGUAGUUUUGUGGUGAACAGGAAAGGCUGGCGUUGGACUCAGUGGACAAUGGUCUUCUUCGCCAUCUUCACUCUUCUGACAAUUAGUGUCUCUAGAGAGACAUUCCAUCCUAUACUGAAACGUCGACGCUCCAAGGAAUUAGGACUCGGUAUCCCUCCAUCCCCGCCUCUUUCUUCCAAAAUCAAGCUUUUCGCAACCAUCGCCCUUGUCCGUCCACUUCAUAUGCUAACAACCGAGCCCAUUGUCGCUUUUAUCUGCCUCUACGUUGCGUGUGAAUUUGCAACACUCUUCUCGUUCUUUGCCGCCAUCCCUCUGAUCUUCCAAGGUGUCUACGGAUUCGGCAUCGAGGACUCAGGUCUCGUGUUUCUCGCUAUCGUUGUCGGAUGUCUACUAGGAAGUGUCACUGUGCUCCUUUGCAACGUCUUUCUCUAUUUGCCUCAAGUUUCAAAGCACAAGGGCCAACAGGUUCCGCCCGAGCAUCGUCUUUAUCCCGCUCUCAUUGGCAGUCUUGGUCUCCCGGUUGGUCUUUUCUGGUUUGCAUGGACGGCCAGGGCAGAUAUCUCCUGGGCGAGUCCUGUGGUCGCAAUCAUGCUCUUCGCGUGGGGCAACCUUUGUGUUUUUAUUAGUACGACUCAGUAUCUAGUUGAUACAUACCAUGGUCUCACUAUAGCAAGUGCUAUGAGUGCGAACAGUCUGGCUCGAUAUGGACUGGCGGCAGCAUUCCCUUUGUUUACGAUCCAAAUGUUUACAAAGCUUGGAACGGGCUGGGCUGCAAGUUUGUUGGCCUUUAUUGCGGUUGCUCUUUUGCCUGUUCCUUGGGUAUUCUUCAAGACCGGCAAGAAGCUGCGAGCUUUGAGUAAAUACGAGACCGCGGAAGCCUAA